AUGACUCACCCCUCUAGCAAAACACCUAAUAAUACUACCUCUAACUCAGCUCCUAUUCCUUCUGGUCAACCUAAGUUUCCUUUUACCCCUGUAGCUAACUCUUUUGUUCAUAAUAUCAUGUCCUCUGUUACUUGCCUUGUGGGUAAGGAGAAGAAAUAUGGUGGUCUUGGUAUUAGAGAUUGUGAGAAAUGGAAUAAAGCUGCUUUAGGUAAGUUUGUGUGGAAAGUGGCUAUGAAAAAGGACUCUCUUUGGGUAAAAUGGGUGAAUAGUGUCUACCUCCAUAAUAGGGACUGGUGGACCUACUCACCUAAAAAUUCUGAUGGUUGGGCUUGGAAGAAAAUUUGUGGCAUAAAGGAGGAGCUUAAGGCUGGGUUCACUCAGGGCCCCUGGAAAGACUCUAAGUACACAAUUGCUAGUGGUUACAGGAGGAUAGUGUUAAAGUUCAGUGGACAGACUAGAGUAAAGCUUAAGAAAUAUGAGGUAUGUGAUAGUGAUCUCUGCCUACUGUAUGGCUCUCAACCUAAAGAUCAGCAUCACCUGUUUUUUGACUGUCCUUACAGUAGGAUUUGUUUGACUUUAAUUAGUAAAUGGCUUCACAUUCCUGAUAGGCGUUUUGACAUUGAGAAGACCUGGAAACAUUGGAAAAGAGCUAUGUUGGAUUGUAUUAAGAGGAAAUCUGUGUUUGUUGUGCUCACUGGUCUUGUCUAUUGUAUUUGGAUGGCUAGGAAUGAGACUCUAUGGAACAAAGCUGUUAUUCACCCUAGAAGGCUCUGUUACAGACUGUGUACUAGUAUCACUGAUAGAAUCCAGCAGGUCAUUAGUAGUAAGUGGAAUAGAAACCAUUAUAAAUGGUUGUAUGAGCGAAAACGUUGUAUUCCUAGUUAG